CUCCAAAUUUUAACUCACUCUUCCAACUUCUUAAACCCUAUAGACGUCACGUCUUCUCUAUUUUCCAUUUCCUCCAUUACCUUCUCGUUUUUCCUUCAUCCAUUGAAAAUCCAAGAUAUUCCUAAUAGCCUUCGCUUACUCGCCUUAGCUAAACAUGUGUGGUGGAGCUAUUAUAGCAGAUCUCAUUCCUCGCAACCGCGCCCGCGGCAUCACCCCUUCUGACAUAUGGCCUAACUCAUCCUUCUCUAAACGCAGCCCCUUCGAAUCCCAUCCGAACUCAUUCGGCAACCACGAAUCUUUCACUCUCAAAAGAUCGCAAUCUGCUUCAGAUGAUGAUCAUGUGAAAAAGACCCCCGCCAAGAGGCAGAGGAAGAACUUGUAUAGAGGUAUCAGGCAACGUCCGUGGGGCAAAUGGGCUGCGGAGAUUCGCGACCCAAGGAAAGGAGUACGCGUUUGGCUUGGCACCUUCAACACCGCUGAAGAAGCUGCUCGUGCCUACGAUAGAGAGGCUCGUAAAAUUCGCGGGAGUAAAGCCAAAGUCAAUUUCCCCAAUGAAGACGACACCACUUCCCAACACCACCUUAACCGUCCACAUCAGAGGAAUCCCAGUCCCCCUCUGUACCAACCCCUCACUUGUAAUUUCAGCAAUCCUCCCAAAAGUUAUGAUUUUGGGUUCGGUUGUGAUUUAAACCAUAUUGGAUCCUAUGCUUCAAAUGGUAUAAAUACCGCACCUAUUUUCGUUUCUGGCGAGGAGAAUUCUGGGUCUGGUUCGGAGGAGGAAGCCUACUCUGUAAUUGGGCUAGUGGGCUGCAAUCAGAAAGGAAGCAACAACUGUUACAUAGGUGAAGUGGAAGUGAAAAGGGAGGAGCAGAAAAUGGCGGUGGAGAAGGUGAACAGUGGGGAGGUGGUGAUAGUGGACGUGAAAUCUCAGCAUCAAGAGAGCGAAGUGCAGAAGCUGUCGGAGGAGCUAAUGGCUUAUGAGAAUUACAUGAAAUUCUAUCAAAUUCCGUAUCUGGAUGGACAAUCAGCUGCACCAAAUACUGCUCAGGAAAGCUUGGUUGAGAAUCUCUGGAACUUCGAUGACGAUGGUGUUGCUGCUCCAGUCACCUCCGCAGCUCUUUAACGACGGCGGAAGCAAUUUGGUUAUCGUAUAUUUGAUGCCUAGUAUCAUGCUUUGUUUUGUAAAAAGAUUACAUUUAUGUUCAAAAUGUAAUUUUUAUGUUUAAAUAUUAAAGCGUUUGUACUUAGAUAAUUCUCCUUAUUAUUUAAUUUACUGCAUUCUUUCAUAUAA